CACAUGACAUAUUCCUAGCCGGAAGUUGAGGGAAAGGCGCCCCUGGCUGAAGCGCCUGCGCAUUAGGGUAGAGACGCUGUGAGGCAGGAGGGGACUUAAGCUCGUCCUCAAGAGUUGGGACCGUUAAAAAGGCCGCCACGGAGCCCGCCGGAGCUAACGCUGCUGCUGCUGCUGCCCGGGUCGGAACCGCCGGGCCGCAGCCGGCGGCGAUGCCGCGAAGGAAGAGGAAUGCAGGCAGUAGUUCUGAUGGAACCGAAGAUUCCGAUUUCUCUACAGAUAUUGAGCAUACAGAUAGUUCGGAAAGUGAUGGGACAUCCCGGCGAUCUGCUAGAGUUACUCGAUCCUCAGCCAGGCUGAGUCAGAGUUCUCAAGAUUCUAGCCCAGUUCGGAACUUGCAGUCAUUUGGCUCUGAAGAACCAGCCUAUUCCACUAGAAGAGUGACUCGUAGUCAACAGCAGCCCACUCCUGUGACACCGAAAAAGUACCCACUCCGGCAGACUCGCUCAUCUGGCUCAGAAACUGAGCAAGUGGUUGAUUUCUCAGAUCGAGAUACCAAGAACACAGCAGAUCAUGAUGAAUCUCCACCCCGAACUCCUACUGGCAAUGCACCUUCCUCUGAAUCUGAUAUUGACAUCUCCAGUCCCAAUGUGUCCCAUGAUGAAAGUAUUGCCAAGGACAUGUCUAUGAAGGAUUCUGGCAGUGACCUGUCUCAUCGUCCUAAGCGCCGCCGCUUCCAUGAAAGCUAUAAUUUCAACAUGAAGUGUCCAACACCAGGCUGUAACUCUCUAGGGCACCUAACAGGGAAGCAUGAAAGACACUUUUCCAUAUCUGGAUGCCCACUAUAUCAUAAUCUUUCAGCUGAUGAAUGCAAGGCACCAACAGAAAGGCAGCUUCGUUAUAAGGAGAAGGUGGCUGAACUCAGGAAGAAAAGGAACUCUGGGCUGAGCAAAGAGCAGAAAGAGAAAUAUAUGGAGCACAGACAGACUUAUGGAAGCACUCGGGAACCUCUCCUAGAAAACUUGACCAGCGAGUAUGACUUGGACCUUUUCCGAAGGGCACAAGCUCGAGCAUCAGAGGAUUUGGAGAAGUUGCGACUACAAGGCCAAAUCACAGAGGGCAGCAACAUGAUUAAAACUAUUGCCUUUGGCCGGUAUGAGUUAGAUACUUGGUAUCACUCACCCUACCCUGAAGAGUAUGCACGCCUGGGACGGCUCUACAUGUGCGAAUUCUGUCUCAAAUACAUGAAGAGCCAAACAAUACUUCGUCGACACAUGGCAAAAUGUGUAUGGAAACAUCCCCCAGGGGAUGAGAUUUAUCGUAAAGGCUCCAUUUCUGUGUUUGAAGUUGAUGGCAAAAAGAACAAGAUAUAUUGCCAGAACCUCUGUCUGCUGGCCAAGCUCUUCCUGGACCAUAAGACACUAUAUUAUGACGUGGAGCCCUUCCUCUUCUAUGUCAUGACAGAAGCUGACAAUACUGGCUGUCACCUGAUUGGGUACUUCUCCAAGGAAAAGAAUUCCUUCCUCAAUUAUAAUGUUUCCUGCAUCCUCACCAUGCCUCAGUAUAUGCGACAAGGUUAUGGCAAGAUGCUCAUUGACUUCAGUUAUUUGCUUUCCAAAGUAGAAGAAAAGGUUGGCUCCCCUGAGCGCCCACUGUCUGAUUUGGGCCUUAUCAGCUACCGGAGUUACUGGAAAGAAGUGCUGCUUCGAUAUUUGCAUAAUUUUCAAGGCAAAGAAAUUUCUAUAAAAGAAAUCAGCCAGGAGACUGCUGUGAACCCUGUGGACAUUGUUAGUACCCUGCAGGCCCUUCAGAUGCUCAAGUACUGGAAAGGGAAACACCUGGUUCUAAAGAGACAGGAUUUGAUCGAUGAAUGGAUAGCCAAAGAGGCAAAGAGAUCCAAUACCAAUAAGACCAUGGAUCCCAGCUGUUUGAAAUGGACCCCUCCCAAAGGAACUUAAACUGGCUGUGGAUCCUUGAGCCAGCGAACCCCCGCAGUAGGAAGCACCCUUGGGAUCUGUCUGUCCAUUUCUGUUGCUGUUGUGAUUGGCAUGUACAGUAUCCUUUGGGAAGGCCAUUCCCCCUUGGGACUGUCCUGGCUCCAACCCUUUGUGUAAACUGCAGACGCUGGUUCUGAGGAACUAUUGUUUCGGCCUCAGUGAGGUUGCCUGGAAUGCAUCUGUAUUGGACUCUUGAAGCUCCCACACAAGCACUGACCCAAGGAGUUCGGAUGUGGUACUGUACCUGUCCAGUCACUGGUUCUCCCCUCAUGUUUCAAGCCCCACACGGUUGUGUUGUGUCCUUUAAAACUGCCUGUACUAGUGUUCCUUCAAGUUGCAGAGCAGGAUCACUCCUGUUCCCUUUUGAACCCCGGUUAUUUACACUUGACAGUUCCCCAGGUCUCUUUCAGAGGGGCAGGAAGGAGGCAAAGAUGUAGAGUAUGGGGAAGAGGGCUGGGGUUAAGCCACAUUGUAUUUUCACCCCAUUUUUUGACCUUCUUAGCUCUCUCGUUUUGAUUUAAGGACUUCUAACACACUCUCACUUGCCACCCCUUUAAAAAAGAAUCUCUAUUAGGCUGACCAGGGUCAGGGGUCAAUUUAAGUGCCAGUGUAGUGGAGUUUGGGGUAGAGAGGAAGACGAGUUAAGCGGCGCAUGGAGAUUUUUGUGCUCUACUUUGGGACCACUUCCAGGGAGGGCUUCUUGUUUUGAUGGAGGGGAGGGAACACUGGCUUCCCUGCCACACUGUUGGGGCAGUUCCCUGGAACCAAGAGCAGAAAUGACAGCCUUUCUUUCUAGGCCUUGCCUCUUCUACACUGGCAGUCACCUGAGACCAUUUUCAGUGUUCAUUCUUCACGUUGUGUCUUAGCUUAUUAUUCUUUGUAUUCUGGAUGGCUCUCUCCACCGGCACCUGUGCCCUGUGAAGCCCUUUGCCCUUCUUUGCAGGGUCAUAGCACAUGCUGGUGGGAGCACAUGCUGGUGGGAGCACGUGCAAAAUGCCUUUACUUUUGCCCUGGUUGCAUUGACCUUGUCUCAGCAGCCAGAGGAGGAGGAGGAGGAAGAGACUGAACAAUCAUCUGGCGGCCACCACUGUCAUGGCUGCGCAAGUCAAAGUAAUAGCAGCCACCACCACCCCCAACCCCAAUAUGGCUAGUUUGCUCCUCUGGCAGCAGCUGCCCCCGCCCCUGAGAACAAGAGCUUUUACCCCUUCUUUGCCCCUAGCUCCCCCUUCCCUGCUCUUUCUGGUCUACAGUUCACUUCUGGUUUUGAUGUUGUUAAAGUGAUUUGGGGAGGGAAUGAGCCACUCUGGCUCCCUCCUCGCCAGUCUCCAUAUGUGCUCUCUAUCUCUGAGCAGCCUUUGAUGUUUGCCAGGUCACCCCUGCCAGCCUGCUCUCCUGCAAUACUGUUGUCUUGGUGUGGAGCCCUUACCACAAGCCCUAACCUGUGGUCAGUCGUGCCUUGCUCCUGUCACUUCUAUACACUAUUUAUAAUCACCGUGGGUUUGUGGGGAGCUGGUUUCAAGCAUGCUCAGUGGCGGCUCCCCUCCUUUUCCUCCCAUCCCCAAGCUUCUGUGUCACUGUUGAAUGGCGAUUACAGAAGCAAACUGGCUGGGGAUUUUCUCCUGCGGGGUAGAAGCCUUUCUUACACAGAAGCUGAACCCUUUUCCAGAUGUGGUAGAAUGUGCUGUUCUGUAUCUAUUUCUCAAUAAAGCAUGUUCUCUGCUCAAAA